UGGGCGCGGGCAUACGUAGGAAAUUCGGCGCGCGAAAGCUGUAGCAGGAAGUGAGAGCAGCCGAGGGUAACGGCGGCCAGUCUGGGUUUUGAAUCUAUCCAACUACUUCCAUAAUCUACAAACAUCUACAUUAAUAUGGCAGACCCGAAGGACCAGGAAGAGCCUGAAACCACUGCAGAUAAUGCAGAGGAUUCUAAUCAUGAUCCCCACUUUGAGCCCAUCGUGUCCCUUCCUGAGCAAGAUGUGAAAACAUUAGAAGAGGAUGAGGAGGAACUCUUUAAAAUGCGGGCUAAACUAUAUCGUUUUGCCUCUGAGAAUGAUCCACCAGAGUGGAAGGAGAGAGGAACAGGUGAUGUCAAGCUGCUGAAACACAAAGAGAAGGGCACAAUCCGCCUUUUGAUGAGGAGAGACCGCACCUUGAAGAUUUGUGCCAAUCAUCACAUUAUGCCUAGCAUGGAGCUGAAGCCCAACGCCGGCAGUGACAGGGCAUGGGUGUGGAACACACUAGCAGAUUAUGCUGACGAAAGCCCUAAACCUGAACUCCUGGCGAUACGCUUUUUAAAUGCAGAAAAUGCUCAGAAGUUCAAGGGAAAGUUUGACGAGUGCAAGGAGGAGGUCAAAAAAAGUCUUGAUGGAACAGGCAACACUGAUAGCGCAAACAAAGUGGCAGCAAAGCUGGAGGAACUCUCUGUAAAGGACAAGGCAUCAGAAGAAAAAGAGGUCAAAAAGGAGACUGAGGUGAAAGAAGAUGAGAAAAAAGAGGUGAAGGCUGAGGAGAAGAAUUGAGAACCAAGAACUUGCUUUGCUGAUCUUCAAUAUAUCAGUGUUUCCUCUUUUUCU